UUGUAGAAAUUCCAUGAAUGAAGAAUUCAUUUUGAAGUUUCAGAGCACAUUUUCAUAAGAUCCUAGGAUCCUGCGCGGUGUAAUUGACGGCGAUAGUUGUUUUCUGCUUCUGCAAUGGCGGUGAAUUUGAACUGAAGCCACGGGUUCGUCUUUCAUUCCUUCAGAUUUCAUCCAUCACGUUCGACCGCCUGAAAAAUUUCAGCCCCAAUUCCUCAACUGUGAUUGAAUCGCCAUUGGAAGCUUUAGAUCGGUGUGCGGAUCUUAUGUAAGCGGACGAUUUUUCACUUGCAGUUGAUUACCUCUACUUAUGGCGGGGAAGCCUAGCUCGGUUUCCUUCAGGGUUCCGUACCGGAACCUCCAGGAUGCGGAAGUAGAGAUGGUGGCUGUCGAUGAACAGCAGCUCCAAGGGAUUGAUCUCAAUUCUCCUUCUUCUAGUAGAUGUGCCAAUGGAAGCCCAGACGGUUCGUCGUCAACGCCUCAUGUUAGAUCUACGCCAAAUAGUUUGAUUAUCUUAAUUCUCAGUUGUACUAUCGCUGCCGGUGUUCAAUUUGGUUGGGCAUUACAGCUCUCCUUACUAACUCCCUAUAUUCAGACACUUGGAAUCGAGCAUGCAUUUUCUUCAUUUAUUUGGCUUUGCGGUCCCAUCACUGGUCUCGUGGUUCAACCAUGUGUUGGUAUAUGGAGUGAUAAGUGUUCUUCAAAAUAUGGAAGGAGGCGUCCCUUUAUUCUUGCUGGGUCUUUAAUGAUAGCAGUUGCUGUGGUGUUGAUUGGAUUUUCUGCUGACAUUGGGUAUAUACUAGGAGAUACGGAGGAACAUUGCAGAGUAUAUAAAGGUACACGAACAAGGGCAGCUAUUAUUUUUGUAAUAGGCUUUUGGAUGCUUGAUCUUGCGAACAAUACAGUGCAGGGUCCUGCCCGUGCUCUUCUAGCUGAUUUAUCAGGUCCUGAUCAACACAAUGUUGCAAAUGCAGUAUUUUGUUCAUGGAUGGCUGUUGGUAAUAUCCUAGGUUUUUCAGCAGGAGCUAGUGGAAACUGGCACAAAUGGUUUCCUUUCCUUUUGAGUGAUGCUUGCUGUGAAGCCUGUGGAAACCUUAAAGCAGCAUUUCUUAUCGCUGUGGUUUUUCUAACCAUAUGUACUCUUGUUACCAUAUAUUUUGCCCAUGAAGUUCCACUUACUGCUGUAGAUCAACUACCACGUUUAUCAGAUUCUGCUCCUCUGUUGAAUGGGAAUGAACAAAGUAGUCCUAGUACUGUAAAAUCGGAACUUAACAGUCCAAAUGGGAGCAAUGACAACUAUGGCUAUCAAAAAGAUGUGAAUUUGGAAAUUUCAAAAUCAAUAAUUGAGGAAAAUCACAGUGAAAGUUAUUACGAUGGUCCUGCAACAGUGGUAGUCAAAUUGCUAACCAGUUUAAGGCAUUUACCACCGGCCAUGCAUUCAGUGCUUCUUGUGAUGGCUCUUAGCUGGUUAUCCUGGUUUCCCUUCUUCUUAUUUGAUACGGAUUGGAUGGGAAGGGAAGUGUACCAUGGGGACCCAAAAGGAAGUUUGGCUGAUGAACAGGUUUAUGAUCAGGGUGUCAGAGCAGGUGCAUUUGGUUUGCUAUUGAAUUCUGUUGUUCUUGGUAUCAGUUCUUUCUUCAUAGAGCCGAUGUGUCAGCGCAUGGGAGCAAGACUUGUCUGGGCAAUAAGCAACUUUAUUGUGUUUGCAUGCAUGACGGGAACUACUAUUAUCAGUUUAAUAUCUGUCAGUCAAUACUCUGAAGGAAUCGAACGCGUUAUCGGAGGAAACUCAACAAUAAAAAAUGCUGCCUUGGCUGUUUUUGUUCUUCUUGGUUUUCCUCUUGCUAUAACUUAUAGCGUUCCCUUCUCUUUGACAGCAGAAUUGACCGCUGAUUCUGGUGGUGGCCAAGGAUUGGCUAUUGGAGUUCUCAAUCUUGCAGUUGUUAUUCCCCAGAUGAUUGUAUCACUGGGUGCUGGGCCAUGGGAUGCAUUAUUCAGUGGAGGAAACAUUCCUGCAUUUGCUUUGGCUUCUGUUUGUGCGCUUGCGGCUGGAGUUGUUGCGCUUCUUAGAUUGCCUGAUCACACCAACAGUUCUUUCAAAUCCACAGGUUUUCAUUUUGGUUGAAGAAGAGUGCAUCAAACUUCUAAAACAAGCUAGAACAUACAUGCACAUGCUCCCUGCCAAUCAACGCUUUUACAAGGUUGGAUUUCCAUUGCCGUUACAGUUCCCUAUGACCUUUAUUUAAACUAUAUGCAUUCAAUAUUCAUAUUCAUUGAUUUUUUCUGGGUAUCUGUACCGUAGGUAGUGUAAAUUUUCACUUACCAAGAUGAGUAAAGUGGAGAUAUAACGAUGAUAAAAGUCUCGCUUGCACGUUUAUGUUAUUCGGCCUCGUAGAAACACAACGGUCAUAAUACGUUAUAGUGGCUAGAUUAAUGAAAUUAAUGAAGAGUUUCUUUCCUCGUA